UGGUGGGGCAACCCGCUUCUAGGCAAGCUGCACCAUCCAAAACCAAAACACCUAAAUCAGCAUUUGGACAAUUUACUCCAGCUACGGAAAGUACCUCGAGUAGGUUGUCGCAAGCUAAAAUGUUCCAUCAAGCAGUUCCUAGCCCUGAUAUGGAUGCUAUCAACUCCAACUUAAAACAACUGGAACAAGCGGAGAUCAACUUGCAGGCCAGGCGUAGAGGGCUUACUCCACCAAGUCAUAGUGCUCUCUAUGGCCGGUGGCAGGCGGCCACUCACGAUCUCAGCAGGGAGAUGGAGGUUUUCUCUGAGGUUCUUGCCAACCUGGAAGCCAGUAGCCCUAAGGAUCCUGGAUCCAGCCAUCUCGCUAAGGCACCCAUGCCUAACCCUCAUUCUGAGGUACAGGGUACGGAAGUGUUACGGCGGAGUUCUAGGACAAAGCCCAAUACUGAGGAGAUUGACCCUCGGGUCCUCCAAGGUGCUGAGGGGAAUGUCCACCAGAGACAAGCUCUAACCCCUGGGCAUAGGGAACGGAGGAGGACAGGCCAAACUCAAUCUAUGGCCCCUCAACCAAGCCUGAUUAACUCAGCCCAGGGGAAUGAUACGCGUGAAACCCCAUCCACCCAACGGACCACUCCAUCCAGGUCUCGUUAUCCCAAGCCUGCUCAAGAUGACAGUCCGGGAGAGAAGGCAUUGCAGUACAGGGGAUACUUAGACUCAGAGGAGGAGGAUACACUUCUGCUCAAGCAAAAUGGGGGUGUCCCCAUUUGGCCUAGAGAGGACAUAAGGCAGAACGAUGGGACAGAACAUGGUUUGUCCACAUAUGCCGAGGGGUACCCUAGGGUUAAUCAUGCCCAAAGGGAUUACCCAGAAUAUGUGGAUACAUAUGGCCAUUCAUUUGGUAGCCGUCAAUGUUCCCGUCCUCGUUGGUCCCCGAUGUAUGAAGAACAAGACCCUACGAAUUAUCAUUCUGUACGGGAUCCUAACCAAUGCCGGGUGGAUGCUACACAUCCUGGGGCCCGCAUACCAGCCAAUCGCGGGGAACUCCAGCCACUCUGGGAUCAAUCUGGAUUGUAUAAAGAAGAUCUGGCACAUGCCCACAGAGAUAGGCAAAGGAUGUGUAAGGAUAGGACAGAAAGAAUCAGGAGGGCUCCUCAUCAUCAACCAGCCGCCUGGAGAGAGCCAUUAGGUAACUCUUCGGAUAGCGACUCAGAUGAGGUACGUCCACAGCUCAUGCAGAGGAGACGUAAAGCAGUGGUUGAAAAACCAACAGCUCCACUACCACGGAUGUUAUCCUAUGAUGGUAGUGCAAGAUGGUCCUCCUUCUACAUGAAAUUUCAACGCUUCGCCCGAUCUCAGGCCUGGAAUGAGGAGGAGAAACUUGACAAGCUGUGUUACUGCCUUGCAGGGAAAGCAGCCGACUUCUUCGCCUUAUUGCUAGAGAGAGAUGAAUUCAUCUCCUUCCAAGGAAUGGUAAAGAAACUCGAAAGGCGGUUUGGGAAACGGUCUCCAGCUGAGACUGCCCAACUGCAGUUUCCGAAUCUUCGUCAGGGCUCAGACGAGUCAUUGGAAGAAUGGGCGGAGCGUGUACUCCAAGUAGCGAUGGCUGCCUUUACAGAUCUACCUGAGGACUUUGUGGAACAACAAGUGGUGCGGAGAUUCUGCCAAGGAUGCGCAAACAAAGAAGCUGCCCACUAUGUUUCCAACCUGGGACUUAGAACUCUGGAAGCAGCUAUGGACUCAGUCCAAAAGUACUUCCAGAAUACCCAGGCAGUCUAUGGUAGACCAGUCAUUCGACGGGAUGUUAGGCAAUCGCACUUGGCCAAUGAAUCUGAGGAAGAAUAUAUGGUUGCCCAAAUGACACCUCGUUCAAAUUAUACCCCUUCACAGGAUAAGUGGCAAACUCCAUCACAACCUGUAAGGUCAAGUGUGGUGGAACGUUUGACCCGCCUGGAAGCUCGGGUUGAGGAGAUGUCAGAAGAUAUCAAAAAGCUGAUGGCUAUCGUGAGUCGACGAUUUAGAAGCCCCUCAUCAUCACCAACUAGAUCGGGGGAGUGCUUCAAAUGUGGGAAAACAGGUCAUUUCCGAAGGGAUUGUCCAAACAAUUACAAUGAAGGUGGAUAUGGAGAGAAGAAAGUCACGUUCAGUGCUCAUGAAAAGCAGGGGAGGGAAAGCAAAGCCAGACAAGACCCAAAGGAGGCUUUAAACACUUCCGGAUCGAGCACAGAGGCCUAACCUCGAUCCAAACUGAAGAAGGCCAACCCCCUAAACUUCCUCCAUUGUCGCCACCCCCUGGACAUUAUCCAUCUCUGACCUCCCACACUCAGCCUACAGCUCUCGGGUCAACCAGUACUUCAGAUGACGACAAUCUGUCAAUUCCAGAAAUCACAGUUAGGCAAUUAAAAAGUGGAUCCAUGUUUUUGGUACCAGUCCAAAUCCAAGACCAGCACACAACUGCAGUGGUGGAUACGGCGGCUGAGGUUACCAUUAUUUCGGACACUUUUUACAAAACACUCUCACAAAAGCCUGAGAAGAAGCAGGACAUCAAGUUGAGAACUGCCGGCAGGGACUUCCAUAUGUCCUCAUUUGUAACACAACCACUCCAGUUACAAUUAGGGUCCAAAACCUAUUCGAUUCCUGUAGUAGUGGGCCCAAUCCAAGAUGAUGUUCUUCUGGGACUGGACUUUUUAGUUCCCCAGGGGGCACAUCUUGACUUGACUCAACAGUUACUACAGAUUGGAUCGGAUACCAUUGAAAUGACUCUAUGCCGUUCUCAAAAGGUACCGCAAGUAUCCAGAAUCUCGGUAUGGAAGAAGACCAUCAUUCCGCCGAAUUCGGUACAGCAACUUGAAUGUCCUAUAUCAAAGCAACUCUCAGAUUUCAUUAUAGAGCCACGCCUAACAAGUAAUGAUCUUCUGAUGCCCAGGACUUAUCAAACUGGAGGAAGCGUACCCAUUGUGUGCCUUGUCAAUCCUUCGGAUCAUCAAGUGGUGCUACAGCCUCGUCAAGUCUUAGGGGUUGCCAUGGAAAUACAUCAUGUCGAAUCCCCCUCGGAACAAUCUGCGGCUGUUAGAAGUGGUAAUCAACCCAACAUCCCUGCUCAUCUGACAAGUCUGUUUGAAAGGUCAUCAAAGCUACUGCAAGGUCAUGAAGUGCAUCAACUGGCACAACUUCUCACAGACUAUCAAGAUGUAUUUGCCAAAGAUGACUUGGAUUUGGGGAACUUUACUGAACUUGAACAUUCCAUUGAUACUGGAAACGCUAAACCGAUUAAACAGCGUAUGCGAAGAACACCACUUGGAUUCGAGAAGGAGGAAGAGUCACAUCUUAAGAAAAUGUUAGAUGCCGGAGUCAUUCAACCUUCUGUAUCAGAAUGGGCUGCACCCCCUGUGUUAAUACGCAAACACGAUAACACAGUACGUUGGUGCAUAGAUUAUCGCGGUCUGAAUGACGUCACGAAAAAAGACGUAUUUCCGUUGCCCCUGGUGGAAGAUUGUCUUGACACGCUCGCCGGUAAUCUCUGGUACUCUAAGCUAGAUGCAAACUCAGCUUAUUGGCAAGUGAAAAUCUCUCCAAAGGAUCGCGAAAAAACUGCUUUCAUCACCAAGUAUGGUCUAUUCGAACAUAUUCGAAUGGGAUUUGGACUAUGUAAUGCUCCAGCAACAUAUUCGCGGGUAAUGAACCUCGUGUUGAGAGGAUUGACCUGGGAUAUCGCACUGGCAUUCUUGGACGAUAUUUUGGUGAUGGGUACCAAGGUUGAAGACCAUCUGACUAAUCUCCGAUCCAUCUUCGAGAGAUUCCGAAGUUAUCAACUCAAAUUGAAACCUCGCAAAUGUGAACUGUUUCAGCAGAGGGUUGAGUUUCUCGGUCGCGUAGUUAGCCAAGAUGGCCUUGAGGCCAACAAUGAUGGCCUCAAAGUGGUACUUACCUGGCCCCACCCCACCUGUACCAAGGAUGUUGAAAGGUUCCUUGGCUUUGCCAACUACCACAGGAUGUUUAUCAGGGACUACGCUUCUAUAGCAGUCCCGUUGUAUCGAAUAACGGGUAAGAAGGCAUUCCAAUGGAAUGAUGAGCAGGAGCAAUCUUUCUCGUCCUUGCGGCAUGCUCUUACCCAUACACCUGUGUUGGCAUUACCUACCAAGGAGGACCCCUUCAUCCUGGAUACAGAUGCUUCGGAUGAAGCCAUAGGAGCAGAACUGAUCCAAGUUCAAAAUGG